AUGUCGGCAGAGGAACUCAGACAACAGCUGGCUGACCUGCAGAGCAGGAAUGAAGCACUAGAAGCUCAGCUGCAGGGACAUGAAGCUUCCCCCCAACCCACACCUACACCAGCCACUGGAGAUAAAGUGUGCAAAGUAUCUGUAAAAUUACCUCCGUUCUGGGCAGACAAACCUAAAAUAUGGUUUGCCCAGGCGGAGUGCCAAUUUCAUGUAGCAGGAAUAAAAUGUGAUAUGACUAAAUUCAGUCAUGUGAUUAGUAUUAUAGACCAAAAGCUGAUUGGGGAGAUUGAAGACCUGGUAUUAGAUCCUCCCAAAGAAGACAAAUAUGAAACUUUAAAAAAAGAGUUGAUUAGACGACUGGCUGUAUCAGAGCAGGAACGAGUAGAGAGGCUAGUUAGUGAGGAAGAACUUGGUGACAGCAAGCCUUCUGCUUUUCUCAGACGGCUCCGCUCUCUUGCAGGGACAACAAAAGAUGAAACCCUCCUGCGGCAGCUUUGGAUGAGGCGCUUACCAAACAAUGUUCAGGCUAUUCUUGCUGCUCACACUGAUCUUUCCCUAGAAAAGCUAGCGGGGUUGGCUGACAAUAUAAUUGAGGUGUCACCAGGCUUGUCAAAAGUCAACAAAAUUGACAAUAGCUGUCCACCAAGCGAGAUGGCCUCGCUCAAAGAGUGCAUCGAACAACUGUCCAUGCAAGUAGCCAGCCUUGCCGGCUCUCACACCAGAAGCCGCUCCCGUAAUCGCUCAUCUUCAAGAACCAGAAGCCGAAACGAAUCCCCAGUAACUCGAAAAUGCUGGUACCAUAGGAGAUAUGGCACAAGAGCCAGCAAAUGCGUCCCUCCUUGCAACUGGGAGGAAAACUCCAACCGCAAUCAGUAA